AGCUCAGCGACAGUGCAGUACGUACGAUUCGGAUUGAGGUUAAAUAUAAACGUUAUCAUGGUUAUGGGUUAAAGUUUAAAGAUUGCUAAAUCUGGAACACGUUAACAUCGGGAAUGACUUCCAAUCAAGAGGAACAACAGGAAGAGAGAGAAGUUCUACUUUCAAUCUAUGAUGGGGAUACAUGCUUUAAAGAGCUCAAUGAAACAACCUAUCAGUAUAGGGUUGGAGAAAAUGGAGAUCUCAAAUCUUUCAUGCUUGAAGUGAGUUGGGGUGACGAAUAUCCUUCAAUACCACCAGACAUCACCCUAGAUGCCUUCUUCAAUAAUCACAUCUCUCAGACUAUAAAAGAAAAUGUCAUCUCCAGAAUGAAAGAAGAGGCAACUCAGUGGCUAGAUAGUGCAAUGACCUUUACUCUGUUUGAGUUUGCCAAGGAGAAUGCAGAGGAUUUCAUGACAGAUCAAGAGGAAUCAGCCGUACAAAAGGAAGAAAAAGAAGAAAAAAAAGAGACUGUUCCUUUGGUAGGCAAGAUCAAAGAGAGGAAAGAGCAACUCACCAAAAAUCAGAAGAGGAAGAUUACUGAAAGAACAAAUUAUAAGGGUGAACGACCCAGAGGCUGGGACUGGGUUGAUGUCAUCAAGCAUUUAAGCAAGUCUGGGUUCACGAAGCCAGAAGAUAGCUGACAGUGAACAAUUCACAAAGACAAUUAGAGAUGAGAUACAGCUGACCAAUCCAGAGCCUUCAAUAUAAGGAUACGUUCAAUCAGAAGCUAAACUGGUUGUAGUGCUGCAAAUAAAGGAAUAAAAUAAACCUGACCUGUUUCUUUUCGUAUUUACAAGAACUGGAUGUGUGAAGACUGUGGUCUCCAUGUUAAGGUUUGUAGGUGUAGCGCUCCAGCGCCGUAUGUAUGCUCUUGCGAAGAGAGAAGUCGACACAAACUUGAAAUGGGUGUUCCUCAACCAUUUCUCUCUCCUGGCAGAUUCUCAUGUAUUGGGGUUCAUUGGAGACUUUUGUAACAGUUUUGCAAUGUUCCUGCACCUUGUUCAACAAUAGAAUGAUAAUGGAAUCUUAUUUGUUUUAGGUGUUUCUUUGAUUGUUGUUCUUGUUUAGCAACAUGUUCAUGUGACACUGUUUUUUGUAGGCUGAUAUUACAGUGCUUAGAUCUUGAAGCGAUUCGUUGGUCUUCAAGUUCAAGUCUAUUUUCCACAUGUGGUUCAUAAAAAACAAGUAUACAUACAUUGUUCAGACAUAUAAAAAAUGCAAAGUAACACAAAAUUAACAAACAAUAAUGUUAAGAGAAAAAAUAGUGAACAAAAUCUAAUGUCCAUUAACACAGAACAACUAAAUACAUGUAGAUAU